AGGGUAUGAGUGGUAGAGUAUUGGCAAUACUAAUGGCCACUCAUCAGCAGUUGAUCUACGAUUUGGGUGAGUCUUUCAUUCACACAAUUAGUGCUCAAUUAGUGCGGGAAUGAGUGCUGGAAUGCAUUGAUUGGGUGUCGAGAGUGAGUGCAGUCCAGGGGUUGAGUAUUGGUGUGAAUAGAGAUGUAUUGAGUGCUUUCAUGGAGAAUGCAUUGAAGAGUUGAGACCCAGUGUUAAGCGCGCAUAAAAUGGCUUCAAUCGAGCGAUUGGUGUGGUUUGACGGGCGGUCGACGGCCAACACCCCUACCGCACGGCCCGACGCACCGGUCGGUGUCCCAACACUUGACAGCCAAACGGUUUUAGCGGUUCAGCAGCUCUUCAAUGACACGAAUGCCUCAAACAUCGCAAACAAUGAUGUUGAGGAGGAAGAGGAGGAUGUGUUUCAGUGCGGGAAAUGCAAAAAACAGUUCUCAAUAUUGAAUACAUUUGUCAACCAUAAGAAGGAAUGCGGAAGACUUGGAUCCAAAUCUGGAUUCAAUCGCAAUGUCCACCAACUGUCCACUCAUGACCAGCAAUCGAUAGCUAAUCUCAAGGCCAGUGUUUCACCGCUCGGCUCUCAUCUAUCGCUGCCAACAUCUCCAACGAUAUCCAAUAGUGUUAUU